GACGUGCCAGGCUUUCCAAUGCAAGGAGAUAAAAGUGGCUUCUCCCUGAGCAGGCAGAUUAAGAAGCGCUCUGUUCUUUCCUUCCAGUCUUUCUCUCUUCUCCCAGGGCUCUACACUGCCCCCGAAUCGCUCCCCCGCUUGCCACCUUUCUCUAUUCUCCCCCCUCCUACCCUGCUCAAGCUCAAUCCUUUCCCUCCUACCACUCUCGCCUCCUCAGCCUGCGUGCCCUCCUCCCUCCCUCUUUCCUCCCGUCACCCCUCCUCUCUUCACACACACUCCUCCUUCCUCUUUCUCUCCCUCCCUUCAUUCCACAAGUGUCGCUUCCCUUUCACUCGCGCACUUGGGGAGCUGGAGAGGUGAGAAGGAUCCGGCGAACGAGUGCAGGGAGACUAAAGAAUAGAGGAAGGGGGACGGGAGGGACAUCGGACAGCAGGGGCCCUAGGACAGAUUGACAUUUUCAACCGUCUUCCUCUGCCCCAAACACCUGCUACUGAACUGACCAUCUUCUCUUCUUCCCCUUCCCCCUCCCCACACCUCCACCUCCCCCCUCAGACCCUACGCGCAACGCCGCGCCCAGCCCCUUGUGGCCGCGCGCUGGAACCAAACGCCGCCGGCUGAGAGCGCAGUGGCCGCGGACAGAGCGCCCCGCGCCGCCCCCUGCAUGUGCGGCUCCUGGCGGCUCGCAGCUCCCGGCAGCCUCGGAAGCUUUAGCAGCUCCAGCGGCGGCGGCGGCUCCGGCGGUGGCAGCAGCGGCUCCGGCGGCUGCAGAGCAGCGGAGCCCAGGCUGGGAGACACAAUGCGCCGUGUCCUUCGCUUGCUCCUCGGCUGUUGCCUGACCGAGCUGUGCGCCCGCGUGUGCCGGGCGCAGGAGCGAUCAGGGCAGGGGCAGCUCCACCAGCAGCAGCAACAGCAGCAUCAACACCUGGACAACGUGGUGGUUCUGUCAGGCGGUAACCGUUCGGGAGCCGGGGAUCCUGGGGAAGCCACUGGCGCUUCAGAGGCGGCCCCAACCAAAGCCCCUACGCCAGACUCCUGCCGAGGCUACUUCGAUGUCAUGGGGCAGUGGGACCCUCCGUUUAACUGCAGCUCUGGGGACUUCAUCUUCUGCUGCGGCACUUGUGGCUUUCGGUUUUGCUGCACGUUCAAGAAGAGGCGCCUGAACCAGAGCACCUGCACCAACUACGACACGCCACUCUGGCUGAACACGGGCAAGCCCCCGGCCCGCAAGGACGACCCCCUGCAUGACCCAACCAAGGACAAGACUAACCUUAUUGUCUACAUCAUUUGCGGGGUGGUGGCUGUCAUGGUGCUGGUGGGCAUUUUCACCAAGCUGGGGCUAGAAAAGGCUCACCGACCCCAGCGGGAGCACAUGUCCAGGGCUCUUGCUGAUGUUAUGAGACCACAGGGCCACUGUACAACGGACCACAUGGAAAGAGAUCUUAACAUUGUUGUUCACGUCCAGCAUUAUGAAAACAUGGAUACAAGAGCCCCUGUAAAUAAUUUACAUGCCACUCAAUUAAACAACGCAGUACCAACCUCUCCCCUCCUUCCACAGAUGUCUCACCCUCAUUCCUAUCCCAGCUUGGGGCAAAUCUCCAACCCAUAUGAACAGCAGCCUCCAGGCAAGGAACUGAACAAGUAUGCCUCCUUAAAAGCUGUGGGAAGUUGUGAUGGUGACUGGGCAGUAACAACACUUAAGUCACCCAAAGCUGACAAGGUCAACGAUGACUUCUACUCCAAACGAAGACACCUGGCUGAGUUGGCAGCCAAGGGGAGCCUACCGCUUCAUCCAGUGCGGGUGGAGGAGGAGCCACCCAGGGCUUUUAGUCCUGAGCAUGGCCCUGCCAAGCAGAAUGGACAGAAGUCCCGGGUCAACAAACUCCACACACACCCCUUGGCCUACAACUCCACCACCAACUUCAAGGGCUGGGACGCCAAUGAACCGUCCCUUCGGCGUCAGGCCUAUGGCAACAAGGGCAAGCUUGGCACUGCAGAGCCGACCUCCAGUGAGCCACUGGCAACGAGGAGCCAGCACUUCAUGCCCUCACAGCCAUACUUCAUCACCAACAGCAAAACAGAGGUGACUGUCUGAGAUUGGCAUUGCAGGGUGCAUCCUGGAGAGCACACUCAACUGAGAGGCAAAAAAGCAAAAUCUAAAGAACUGCUCCCCUCCCCAUUCCCCCCACGCACCUUCACACUCAACACUUACAAUCAGAACUGACAACCCACUAACUGAUGACUUGGAAACUCACUUCUCCUGGGUUACAACUGGCAUGCGGUCAAUGGGCAGCUGAGGAUAACCAAGACAGGGGCAUUUAGCAAUACACUGAAAGAGAAAUUGAGAAACUACAUGGAUUUCACAGCUUAGGCAGUGUCAAACUCACAAGCCCAAUCCGUGUGACAUUUUUUUCUUUUUUAAACUCAAAAUUGGAAUUCUUGAUGAGAAGUAGCACAAUCCAGAGAAACUUUCCAUCCAUGUAAACUAUUUGCUACAAGCUAUCUGAUCUUGCUUGUGAGAGCAAAAGAGGAAGAAAGCACAGAGAGAAAGAGAGAGUGAGAGAGAGAGAGAGAGAGAGAGAGAGAGAGAGAGAGAGAGAGAGCAAGCACAAGAGUACUCUCGCAUGGGACAGAGGGAAAAUAUAUGAAAAUGUAUUGUUUUGGCCAGGAAUUUUGUAUCAAAGAUCUGAGUUGUUAGCAAAUUCUAAUAACUGAUGAUCAGGACACACGUACCUGUGACAAGCCCAGGGCAAAGGAACUCAAUCCCAGCCCUCACGCUUACUAUACUUUCAUAUCAUCACUGUUGGAAGCAAAAAAUAAACAGAUCCUUAACCCACCAACUGCAAAGGAAAAGGAAAAUAACAAAAAGAGACUAUUCCUGGGAUAUCUCUAAAAACUGUUGUAACUCAAGUAAAGGGGUGAACUAUUGGGUGGGGGGGGCAGUGACUUAGAGAGUAUCCAACCUUUUUAUAAAAAAUCUCUAUUUAAAAACACAAAGAAAAAAUAUCUACCUUUUCCCUUCACAAUCUUCAAAUUAAGAAAGACCUUGACACUUAAAGACAAAUAAAUAAAUAGCAAACAACCAACUAAAGGACAGGUUUGUUGGAGGGGGCAUAGGGGAAUAGCUGCCACUUCACCCUGGGUUUUUGUCCCCCACCUCUGAAAAGGCUGUCUUAUUCCAAGGACAGAACUGAAUCUCACUUAACUGUCUGUUUCUGACUUUCCUUCACCUUAAGCGUGCUGCUGAACUUAACUGCUUUGGACUGAAAAUGACUUAAGCGUGGGUGGUGCCUUCAAUGUGUCACUGGUGUUCAAUGAUAGUCUUGUUUUCCAAGUGCAACCUGUGUUCCUUUAGGCUUCUUUCCUUUUGUUUUACUCAAGUAGUAGAAGAUGUUUUCAUACCUCAUUUUGUUGACCAGUUCUGUUCUAUCUCUUUUCCCAUUUCCCCCAUUCCCAGCCCAUUCACCAAGUGGCUGCAAUGCUAGGGGUAUGUAGGUAAGAAGACAUCCUCUCCAUGCCCAUCUAACCCUCAAGCCCUAUGUGCUGUGAUUCAUUCUCUUCCCAGAACUCUUCUGGACCACACUUUCCUCAGUGAGAUUGCUUAAACUUGUUGAUCAGAAUUGACUUUGAAGCCCAACACAUCUCUGUAGACUAAUGACAUAUUAGAAGAAAGACACCUGGAUCUCUUGUAUUGCUUUGCUUGGUGAGAGAGAGAGAGAGAGAGAGAGAGAGAGAGAGAGAGAGAGAGAGAGAGAGAGAGAGAGAGAGAGAGAGAGAGAGAGAGAGAGGAGAGAGAGAGAGAAGAAGGAGGAGGAGGAGGAGAAGAAGAAAAAAAGGAAGAAGAAGAAGAAGAAGAAGAAGAAGAAGAAGAAGAAGAAGAAGAAGAAGAAGAAGAAGAAGAAGAAGAAGAAGAAGAAGAAGAAGAAGAAGAAGAAGAAGAAGAAGGAGAAGGAGAAGGAGAAGGAGAAGGAGAAGGAGAAGGAGAAGGAGAAGGAGAAGGAGAAGGAGAAGGAAAAAUUGAAGAGAGGUGGCUUCCACCCAAAUAACAAUUGUAAAAAUUGUUUUUCAAUUUAAAAGCAUUUAUUUUUAAUUCUUCCCAACCAUCCCCACUGAAAAGGAGAGAGAAAAUGGAAAUUCUGUGGGAAAUAUGCAUAUUCAAAUAAAACAAAUUCCACAUUGGCCAUGUAAAACUGAAUUUCUUAUUCUACAUCCCGAGUCCAUCAUCUCUCUGUCAGGAAGUGUGUAGUGUCCUUUACUUUGGGUCCUUGAGUUUUGGUUAUUCACCGCAUACAGUAGUUAAAAGUCUUUCAAAUUUAUUAAAUACCAUAGUAAAACCAGCCACUCCCUCUCUCUUCACCAUUUUAGUUGGUAAUGAAGCAGCCACCAAGGGAUUUAGUGCUGCUCUGGUAUCUUGCCUGUUUUCCACCAAAUGUUCAGACCCAAGAAGAACAGCACCAUAGUGUCUUGACAUCCCCUGGAUACAAAGGGAAGCCUGCUGAACCUCUUCCUAAUACCAGCUCAUGUCCUCAGCUUCUCUUCAGAUGUUUUCCUAACCUCAAUUCCAAAAUUUCUUCUCUUUCCCUCAUUCUUUUCUUUCACUUCUCCCUCACAGUGUAGUAGAAAGAACACUGUAUGGAGUGUCUGAAGACUAGGGUUCCGGUCCUAAGCCUGUCACUAGUUACUUGUGUGGCCUUAGGCAAAUUUCUUCAUCUUCCCAGGCCUUUUUCCUCAUCUGCAUAAAUGAGGGAAUCAGACUAGAUGAUCUCUAACAUCUGCUCUAACUAUCUCUGGUUCUAGUUCUCUUAUUUGACUUCAGUCUCUCCCUCAAAUUCCUCCCUUUCUCCUCCACUCAACCUAUUUCCUCUAUCAUCCAACCUGACCUCUUAUUCCCCAAAUAGCUCCUUCUAUUCCCUAACCCUCCCUUUCUCCCAAUUCCACCCUGCCUCUUUCUUUAUUAGCUUCUGCCUCCUGACUCGCCUUUCUCCAAAAAUUUCUCCUCCCUGAAUCUCCUUUCCUGACUUUUAGCUAACAGGGCUAUCUGUUCCUGGUUGCCUAAAACAGCCUACAUCCUCUUACUUCCUGCCUGUCUUCUCCUGAGGAACUGUAGAAAUGCAAGGGGAGACCCUGAGACCUCGGAGUCUGUAGUCUCACUCUUGCCAAGAGAUCUGAACCUUGGGAGCCUGAGAGCAGCCUUCAAAGAGGUGGGGGAAGCAAUGGCACCAAACGAGUUGCUGGAGAUAUGGGAUAGAGAGUCAAUGAACUGGCCUCCUUGCCUAUGGCCAGCUCUGACCAUGCCUUCCUUUCCUGGAGCUGGGCUAAUAACUGGAGCUUCUCCAAGGAAGGGGCUCUCGGCUGAUAUGUCUCCAGAUGGGAGCCUCAGGCCUUGCUCUGUAACCCUGCUGCUAUGCUGAAGGGCAAAUUGGAUGUUUGGGGUCUAUGGCAGAGAUGUCGAAUCGCUACCAUAUUGGGGCAGGGAGAUGGGGAGUUGGGACAAUGCUAGGAGACAGAGAGUCAAAGACUGACGUGAUGGGCCAGUUUCUCCUACCUAUCCCACCUGCCUUUUAUUUAGUCCUGACUGCCAUCCCAAACAGGCUGUCUGACUCCAUGUCCCGUUGGGGCUGAAGGUCUUUUGGAAUCAUCGGCUUUGGGCUACACCUGGCAACUGCAUCCAAGUCUCUCCCCGACCCAGGUUUUUGUGUACUUGAGCAUAUUUUAUGUGCAAAUAUUUUAGUAACUGUAUGUUCUGUAAGUAACCCCGUGUUAAUACUUGUUAACAAUUGCAGAGUUUAUGAUACCAAUAACACUUCCUACAAUAAAGACAAAACGUUUGUUUGUUUUCUAAGAAUGUUUCUUUGUAAACAUAUGUAUUCACUAUAUUAAUAAGAAUUUCUUACCUGGCAAUAAAAAUGGAUUAUACGUGA